AUGGGCCACCUCAACCCCCGCGCCAAGACCUUCCUCGGUGGCCACUCGGGCACGACGACCGCCACCACUGUCAACCACGCCGGCCCCGCCACCCACUCGUCGCCGCCCAACACCACCCAGUCAGUCAUGUCGUCUAACACUGCUCCCAACUACAUGCUCCACAUGCUGACGACCAGUGCCCCCACCCCCACCCCCUCCAACUCGCCGUCCAGCAGCGACGACUCGAAGACCCGCGCUCCCGUCGCCCCGCGCUUUGGCCACAACUGGUCCACCCUCCCCGCCGCGCCGGCGUCGGCCAGCGCGCGCUCCCAGCGCUUCGAGCCCAACAGUCUCUCUCCCUCGAAAGACCUCAUCACUCCGUACUCGCACCGUUCGCGCUCGCCUAGUGUGCCGGUGAUCCUUCCUUCGGAUGAGGAGCGCCGCGAGUCGAUCCCUUCCCGUACCAACCUCCCGGCCGUAGACGCGUCCCUUCGCGCCCUCGGCCGCCUCCAGCUGAGCGAGCCCACCCCUGCGUUUAACCCCUUUGACUCGGGCAACGAGCACAUCCUCUACGCUAGCAGCGCCAGUAGUGUCCUCGAGGAGAGCAGGAACGUCUACAUCGCCAACCUCCCCAUGGACGUCACCAACGAACGCCUCACCGAGAUGGGCAGCCAUUUUGGCACAGUCAUUUACGCGAGCAUUCACCACGAGGGCACCACGCUUGAGACGUAUGAGAUGCUUCCUGAGCGUGCCAAGACCGGCCUCCUCCCCGCGUCCUUCGCCUUCAUCAUGUUCACCGAGGUCGGCGCCGCGCGCCACUUCAUCGAGGUGAUGCCCAAGUUCUGGCCGUGCCAGUGCAUGCCCGCCAACGAGACGCAUCAGCUCAAGAGCAAGGUGCACGAGGACCCGCACUCGAGUAACCUCUAUGUGGCCGAGAUCCCUCUCAACUGUACUGAGCAGGACCUGCACACCCUUAUGCACCCCGGAGUCAUCUCGUCCCACCGUUUCCUCAUCGACGGCAGCGGCAACCGCCGCGGCGUUGCUAUGGUUCGCCUCCAGAGCCGCGCUCAGGCCGAGGCCGCCAUUGCUCGCCUCGACCGCAAGAUCACGAUGCGUGGGUGCGUCAAGCCCAUCCAGGUUCGCAUUGCCGACUCGGAGUCGCAGAAGCUUUACAAGAAGAGCGGUUCGGGCAAUGUGUCGCCGCCCGGCCUCCGCCGCGCCACCAGCAUCGCUACCAUGCAGACUCCUGCUCCCCAGCCACUCACCACCAUGCAGACCCCAGCUCCCCAGCCGACCCCGGUUGCCAAGCUCUCGCCCGACCUGGCGUACCAGGAGCUGUCGGAGGGUGAGCUCCAGGCUGCCGUCCAGAUCGGCGACGGUGCUCGCCGUGAGCUCAUUCGCCGUGAGUCUAUGCGCGCUCUCCACUCGCGUGCUUCGGCUCCCUCUCUUUCGUCGGUGUCGACUCGCCAGAACCCUGUCGCUCCCACUCUUACGUCGGCGUCGACCCGCCAGAACUCUGUCGCGUUCCCCGAGAUGCCGAUGACGCCGACGACCCCCACGAUCUUUGGCUCCUCUUCGGCGGAGCCGUGGGCGAUCCUCCCCACCUCGCCCACCAACGCCACUACCCGCGACACCGGCCGCUGGGAGCGCGGCAACGGCCGCAAGAUGUACACGCCCGACUCGGAGUCGUCGCCGUCGUCGUCUGCGUCGUCGCGCGCCGCUCUCUGGACCGACCGCUACGGCGCGUCGUCGAGCAGCUGGCGCAACUAA